GUGAUUUGUGCUUUGAGAUAUGUGCUCUCUCUGUCUCGUUUGUCAGUCGUCAAUGGUUUUGUGGUGUUAACGGGUUCGUCGCGCCUCACCCGAAACCCGUGAGCCAUGGAAAAUUUUGGAAAUCACACCCUUUUUUUUCUCGCCGCACCACCGACUGCUCAGCUUCUCUGGUUCACUUAUUUUAUCCUCUUUUCUCGAAUCUGCAGAGAUUAGCCUCUCUCUCCCCUCUAUCUCUCCCCCUCACAAAGUUGAAGCAGACGAGGUGAAUCUGCGGAAGGGAGGAGGCUGACCGGCGCACGCGCCAUGCCGGAUGCGGCGCCAGCCCGUUGUCCUCCUCACCGGCGAAUCGACGGAGGGGAGGAGGCUGACCGGCGGCGACGCGCCAUGCGAGAUGCGGCACCGGCCCGUCCUCCUCCUCACCCAUACUUCCCCACCCCGCGGCUCUCAUCACCACCGCCGGCGCCGCUCCAGUACAGCUCCCCCACUCCGUGCGCCCCUUCCUCUGUCAGAUCUGAGGACGAGAGGCGGCUGCCUGCUGCAGGGGGCGGCAACAAACACAUCAGGCCUCUGCGCCCUCUAGCCAAGGAGAUGCCUACAAUGAUGGGCAGUGAGAACAACCAUUUUGUUGAUUAUUGUUAUGAUGAAAUGAUUGGUCAUGGAAAUAUUGAGGAUUGUGAGCUUGAUGAACUUGUCUUUGAGUUCUACAAGAAAGAGAAAAUCAAGCAACUAAAGAGCAAGCUUACACCAGCUGAGUUGAAUGUUAUUGUGAAUGAUAAGAAAAGUCUUGGUAUAAACAAGCAUGAAGUAAAACAUGGUUUCAGUCGUGUAUCAGCAAAGUAUUUCAGUGAAGUCAUUGAGGCAUUAAUCCCUGAUCAGAGAAAGGUGAUAUCUGAUUAUGGCUUUGGUAGUUUACUCAUGUAUGAGAAAUGUGUGGUUCCAACAAAAUUUAUGCUCACUCAUCAAAUUGAUGUCCGCACAUCUGAGAUAGUUGUGAAUGGUAAAUUCAUACAUUUCAACAAGGUGUCAGUCCACAAAGUGCUUGGCCCUCCUAUUGGUGGUGAUCCUUUGAUUGUUGAUUGUGAGGCUGGCAAAGCUUUUGUUUUAUCCAAGUUCAAUCUGACCAAGCUACCACCUGUCAGUUUUUUUGGUGACAAGAUAAAGAACAAUGAAUCAUUGCCUGAUGAUGAUAUGUUUAUUUGUUUCAUGAUGGUUGCCUUAUCAUGCUUCCUCUGCCCCGAUCCUAGCGUGUAUCCAAGCACCAAAUAUAUGAUUGCAUUCAAGGAUUUAAGUCAUUUCCAAAAUAUUGAUUGGUCGUUAUACAUAUAUGAAUGGUUGAUUGGAGCAGUUCAAAAAUUCUGCUUUGGUGUUGGGAAGUCUUUGAGAUCUAUCCAUACUUUUGGUGGAUGCUCAUAUGUCCAUGUUGUCUUAUAUCUAGACUGCCUCAAUUUUGGUACUUUUGAUGUCACUCGAAUGACUCCAAGAAUCUUGGUAUGGAAAGGUUCAAUGAUCAAGCAUUAUUCUGAUUUAGAUGAGUUAAAUGCGUACCAAUAUGGCAAAAGAUGUUUUCGGGAUAUUAUUGAUACUUUGUAUUGUGAGACAAAUGAUGUUGAUUAUAAUGCUUCUGAGCACACUUCGUACACCCCAUCGGCUUCUGGUUUCAGAUCAAGACUUGAGUGUUUGUUUGGUAGAAUGUUGAAUACAAAGCAAAUUGAUGGAAUUUGUGGUAUAUUUGAUGCUGAUUGUACUAAGAUCCCAAGGAAGCAACAGAAACAUUCGGAGAAGUUGAUAUUUCAGAUGCUUAAUUUGUUUGCUGAGUUCAUUCAAAAUCCAAGUAACAAAGCUAAUGAUAACACUAAAGAAAAGUUUGCCACCACAAGUGUUGUUAAUCCUUUACAAUGUGCAAACGUUAAGACUCGUUGUAAUGCCAAUGAUGCUUCUGCAUCAAAGCCUACUGCUAUUGAUGCAAUUUUUGGUGUUUUGAAUUGUCCUACACCAGGUUUUGUUUUAUCCACACCUGGACUUAUUACGAAGCGGAAUUUGGACAUGAAUGAUGUUUCAUCUGCUCAUGAUUGCCAUAUCAUGAAAAAGCUUAAACCAUUGCCCCACCCAAAGAAGAUGGCCGGUAAAUCUCUUCUCUUUGACCUUGACCCAUGUGGAAACGACGUGGACACAACUGUUCAUGUUAACAAAUGUCGCAAAGAGGUUUGUAUUCCUGCUGCUAUUUGA